ACUAUAGAUAAGCUACCUGGCUUCUUCAUCAUUAUUUCCAUUUAUCUUUUUUCAAUUAAAAAGAUUAAAAAUUCCUAAGAAUAACAUAAACAGAUUCACCAACUCUUUCUAUAUAUAUAUAUAUAUAAAGAGUAUAUAUGUAUUCCUUUGUAAGUUCUUCUACAUUUUGACAGAGCAAAAUGGGAUUUCUUGAAAAUGAUGCAUCAAAUCUUAAAGUCCUUGACUGUACUCUAAGGCUGUUUGUCAUUCCCUUGUCUAUUGCAUCCGUAUGGUUGUCUGUCUCCAACCAACAGGAUAAUACUAGUUAUGGAAGAUUGGAAUUCAGCAAUUUCACAGGACUCAAGUACAUGGUUGGCAUUAGUGCUGCAUCAGGUGGAUAUGCUCUUUUAACUGCUAUAUCUUUGUGGGUCAGGAAUUUAGUCACUAAAGCAUGGUUCUUCUUUGUUUCUGACCAGGUUGUAGCAUACUUAAUGGUUACAUCAUUGGCUGCAAUUUGGGAAAUUCUUUACUUAGCCUAUAAUGGUGACCAAAAAGUGUCAUGGAGUGAAGCCUGCACUUCCUAUGGAAAAUUUUGCAGUAGAUUGAAGCUGGUUUUGGUUCUCCAUGCCAUUACCCUUUGUUGUUUCCUUGCAUUAGCUGUGAUUUCAGCUUAUAGGGUCUUUAGCAGAUAUCAGCCUCCUAGUAUAGAGAAUGAAGAAGAAAAGGAAAUGCACACCUGAUUUCUUUUCCCUGUUUUCAUAGUCAAGUUGUGUUUAUAGUUUUAGUUACAAAAAAAUCACAUACAUGGAUUGAACCUCGGUCAGUCCAAUUUAGUUGACAUAAUCUGAUAUUGUUGCUACUUUGUGAGAUGGGCAAGGAUUGAUUAUUGUCCCUAGUGUUGAUAUAGAGUUUGUUGAAUAAAAGCGUUUUGUCUUCAGGGGUG